CGCCGUAGAAGAAGACUUUAGCUACAGUCCGGGGUCCAAGAAGAAAACAUCAGUGGAGUCCUGGCACGUUAAACAUGAUGACCAAUGUUACUCCGAAGAGAAAUAUGAAUAUCUCUUGACAAAAAAAAAACGACUUCCGGCUCAUCUCGGUAAGAAGAGCAGCUCGCAGUAUGCGUUAAAUAACAAACCGGCAUCGUUUAGCCGGGAGCUUUAGCGAGCUAGCUCACCACCGGCGUGACGAAGGAGGUCAAACUCAGUUGAAGAUGAUCACAGUGUAGCGAGUUCUUGAUCAGUAAUCAGCUGACAUUUGGGAUCCACCUUCCUCUUAUUCCUGGCAUCCUCGUCCCCCAGAAGGGCAUUAUGAAAGCUGACGUCCUGAGGCACGUUUGGUGAUGUAGCCGUUAACUUCACCGACCUGGAAAACGCUCUGACUUGACACUAUACUGGAUUGUUCCACAGGUCGCGAUGGGCUCCCGUUGCUUCUUGUCCUCCGCUGCCCGACGCUUCGUUCAGCCGAGUCUGCUCCGCUGCUGCCGGCUGCCGGGCCCCACGAAAAGAAGAAAUAUGUCCUCCAAAAGGCAAACAUCAGUGGACCAUCUAGAGAAAACAGCGAGCAACUACAGACAAAAUGAUCUGUAUCCAGCUCAGGUGUGUGGCAUCACGGAUGAGUCGGAGACGGUGAAACGUUUGAGAAUAGCUGUCAGCCCAGACUUCAGCUUCAAAGCAGGACAAUGGGUGGAUUUCUUCAUCCCCGGCGUGGAGACGGUGGGAGGUUUCUCCAUGUGCUCCUGCCCGGGUUUGCUGCAGAAAGAGGGCGUUGUUGAAUUGGCCGUCAAAUACACCAAACACCCUCCAGCACACUGGAUCCACACCAUGUGUACAGUGGGCUCCCGAGUGGCCAUGCGUGUUGGCGGGGACUUCGUCUUCAACCCGGCGCCCUCUGACCCCUCCAUAGAUUUGCUGCUGGUGGCCGGCGGCGUCGGGAUCAACCCCUUGUACUCAAUCCUGUUGCACACAGCCGGUCUGCUGCAUCUCAACCAGGCAUCUGGUGGGCGGGACUACAAGAUUGGCUCUGCUCAUCUCUGCUACAGCGCCAAGAACACCCAGGAACUGCUCUUCAAGAGCUCCAUCAUCGAGGCGUGUCGGGAGUUCCCUGACAAGCUCUCCUGUGACCUCCACGUCACGCAACAGAGCACAGAUGUCGACUCGCACCUCCAGCCAUUUAUCAACCGCGGGAGAAUCACAGAAGAGGAGUUGCAGGCUCAUGUGGAUCCGCAGAGGACUUUGUGUUUCCUGUGUGGGCCCCGGCCCAUGAUAGAAGCACUUUCAAAAACCCUCAUGGACUUCGGACUCCCGAAAGAUAGAAUCCUCUUCGAGAAAUGGUGGUAGAACCUUUUUAGGAUUCUCAGAAACCUCCCUCAUGAGAAGGAAGUAUGGGGUACGGUGAGACUGGAAGCCAAGUGAAAUAUUCCAGUGAUAAAGGACAUUGAAAUGAGGAAAUUCAACCUCUGAUCACUGCAACAUGUGCCUGAUCUGCGCUUGGCCACUUGGACCGCCCACUCUAAAGCGAGCAGCUGACUCGCAGUAGACCAGAGAGGAGUUUAAUUUCUUAUAAAGGAGGCCUGCGCCGACUGUAAAACCUCAAUUUAAGCAAGACAUCAUUCAGCUCACUGCUAAAUAUUUCAACAAAUCUGCAACUCUUUGUGUAUGACAGACACAUCACUUUUCACAGCUGUUACACAUCUUCGUAUCAGAUCUCUUUUCCAGUGUAUUUGCUUGAGUGAAGUUUUGCUCAAACUAAUUAAGAAGUGAUGUUGCAGUAAUUUUCCUAUGCAAGCAAGUCUUGAAGCAAUAAUUUGUCCUUUUUCAGAAACACUUCCUUGCCAGGAGUUAGCUGCGUAAAGGCUCAGUGUAGAGUGUAAAAAUGACACGUAGAUUUAUGGGAGGGGUUGUGUGUUAAACUAUAUUUAGUGUGUGUGUAAUUUAUUUAUUUGCAGAACUGAAGAUUUUAGUUGAUCUGAUUUGGCUGAGUUUGACUGAGUUGCAUUGAAGCAAUUGUUUUUUUAUUCUCAUGCAAACUUCAUACCAAGAGUAUUUUUAGCGUGAAAAACCUUCCAAUCUCCCACAUAUUGGCCAGUGUCCCUGCCUCUCUCACACACUUGUACAUGCACAGUGCUUAUCUGGCAAACAUACAUUUUACUCAAUCACACACAACCACAAACCCAUAAACGAUUCUGGUCUGGUGGUGGAGUGAGUGUCCCAUGGGGCACUGUAAUGGAACCUCCAGGUGGUCUCUGAGGGGCUUGGAUCACUGAGCGUCCCUUGGAGAUGGUUACGAGCGUCUUGUUGUCGUGUCCCAGUGGGGGUUACGUGGUCGAGACUCAUUUUAGUUUUGUUUUUUUUUGCGUUUCCUCCUCAUGAGGAAAACGGUUUGUGCGAUUUAAAGGAAAUAAAAGAAAUUGAGUCAA